GCCGACCUGGGCUAGUAGGCCUCAGGGAGAACUCCAAUGGCGUCUGUGUCAGCACGCCCACACCAGGCCACAACAAUGGCCGCCGCCAAUAUCCCAGUCCCUGGAGAUGUCUCACCCCUCACCGAGAUGCACUCAGGACCUAUUAGGUUCAUCAUGACGGAGAAGUGGGACUCAAACUCUUCAGAAAACUCGCAUCACAUUUGGAGUGUCAAUGACACAAAGCACCAUCUGAACUCAGAAAUUAAUAUUUUCUAUGUGAACUACUAUCUUUACGAGCCUCAAGUGGCAGCAAUCUUCAUUAUUUCCUACUCUCUGAUCUUCUUCCUGUGCAUGGUGGGAAAUACAGUGGUUUGCUUUAUUGUCAUUAGGAACAAACAUAUGCAUACAGUCACUAAUCUCUUCAUCUUGAACCUGGCAAUAAGUGAUUUACUAGUUGGCAUAUUCUGUAUGCCUGUCACGCUGCUGGACAAUAUUAUUGCAGGAUGGCCAUUUGGAAGCACAAUGUGCAAGAUUAGUGGAUUCGUCCAGGGAGUAUCGGUUGCGACUUCCGUCUUUACUUUAGUUGCAAUCGCAGUGGACAGGUUCCGCUGUGUUGUUUACCCUUUUAAACCAAAGCUCACUAUCAAAACUGCAUUUGUCAUUAUUGUGAUCAUCUGGGUCCUGGCCAUCGCCAUUAUGUCUCCAUCUGCAAUAACGUUACAUAUUCAAGAAGAUAAAUAUUUCCGAGUGAAACUCGACUACCAGAAUAAAACCAGCCCAGUCUACUGGUGCCGAGAAGACUGGCCAAAACAAGAAAUGAGGAAGAUCUACACCACUGUGCUGUUUGCCAACAUCUACUUGGCUCCCCUGUCUCUCAUCGUCAUCAUGUAUGGAAGGAUUGGAAUUUCACUCUUCAAGGUGUCAGUGCCCCACACAGGGAAGGAAAACCAGGAACAGUGGCACCUGGUGUCCAAGAAGAAGCAGAAGGUCAUUAAGAUGCUCCUGAUUGUGGCCUUGCUUUUCAUUCUCUCCUGGCUGCCCCUGUGGACUCUGAUGAUGCUCUCAGACUAUGCUGACCUGUCUCCAAAUGAACUGCAGGUCAUCCAUGGCUAUGUCUACCCUUUUGCACACUGGCUGGCCUUUUGCAACAGCAGCAUCAACCCCAUCGUUUAUGGUUUUUUCAAUGAGAAUUUUCGCCGUGGUUUCCAAGAUGCUUUUCACCUCCAGCUCUGCCAAAAAAGAGCAACACCCAAGGAAGCCUACGCCCUAAGAGCUAAAAACAAUGUAGUCAUAAAUACAUCUUGUCAGUUAGCCCAGGAACCCACAAUUCAAAACCCACAUGAGAAAAAUUGGCUUUGCAGGAAAAGUGCUGAAAAACCCAAGCAGGAAUUAAUGAUAGAGGAAUUAGGAGAAGCUACCAAUAGCAAAGAGAUUUGACAAGAGCUAGUGUGAUGAUUUUCACUCUACUGUGUUGUAUAUUGAACUACUGUUGCUUUCUGUGGCUUUGCGCUUCAAUUCUUUCUAAGAAUAUUCUAAACAAAUAUGUACUGAAAGCUCUUUCUGGAAAAAAAAUAAACAAAAUGGUCUUAUGUUCAUAACCAAUCUUAUGGUAUAUAAAAAUAUGUACAGUAACUCAUAUAAAAAUUUGCCUGAAUAAAUCCAUUUUCUAGGAACAGUUUUCAAAGACUGACCUUUUCCAACUUAGCCAUUUGUGUAUGAGUCAAGCACACGUACUAUGUGUAUAGAUACACAUGCGUACACACACACACACACACACACCUAUUUUCCCCGAAUGGUGAUAAAUGGGCAGUUCUUUGCAUGAGAGUACAUUUUGUCAAUUCUUUCUUUGCUUUUGGAUUUGAAAUUUAGAUUACAGAAUUAUUUAUCUGUGCUUGUAAAAUGUACUUAGUUUUCUUAGAAAUAAGAACUGCAAUAGAA